AUGAAUAAACCAAUGAAAAUGAAUGCAUCAAUUCGUCGUUUAUUAGUUCAUCAUCGAUCAACAGUUACACGUUUAUUUCAAAGAAAUGUUCAACAUCAAUCGAGCACUACACAAAAGUCUUCCACAAAUAUUUCUGAUUCAAAUCCAGCGUAUGAUUUUGUUCGACGUCACUUAGGACCAAAUGAACAACAGACGAAAGAAAUGCUCGACCUACUUGGACUCAAAAGUUUAGAGGAACUUACCGAACGUACGGUUCCAGCAUCUAUUCGUUUUCAAGGAACGAUGCAUAUACCAGAUGCUUUAUCUGAGCAUCGUGCAUUGAAAGAAGCUGAAGAAAUCUCAAACCAAAAUUCUGUAUGGCGUUCGUAUAUCGGUCUUGGCUAUAACGAUUGUAUUAUACCAACCGUCAUCCAGCGAAGUUUAUUCGAAAAUCCUGGCUGGUACACUCAGUAUACACCGUACCAAGCAGAGUUAUCACAAGGUCGAUUAGAGAGUCUUCUAAAUUAUCAAACAGCUGUUAGUGAUUUAACUGGAUUACCAUUUGCUAAUGCAUCGUUACUCGACGAAGGAACAGCUGCAGCUGAAGCACUGGGAAUGUGCAUUAGGCAUAAAAAACGAACAAGAGUGUUUUUGAGUGAUAAAAUUCAUCCACAUGUUAUUGAAGUUGUUAGAACAAGAGCAGCUGGAUUUGGUAUAAAUAUUGAGGUGAUGCCCGUUACAAAUAUGGAUUUUUCGUCUAAAGAUGUGGCCGGAGUUCUAUUUCAAUAUCCUGAUACAGAUGGAAAUAUACUUGAAUACACAGAUUUGAUAGCAAAAGCAAGAGAAAAUCAAACUAUGGUUAUAUGUGGAUCAGAUCUUCUAGCAUUAUGUCUAUUGAAACCACCUGGAGAAAUGGGUGUAGAUAUUUGUUAUGGAAAUAGUCAGCGUUUAGGCGUUCCAUUGGGUUUUGGUGGACCACAUGCUGCCUUUUUUUCAUGUGCUGAACAAUAUAAAAGAGAUAUGCCAGGAAGAAUUGUUGGUCAAUCAAUUGAUUCUCAUGGUGCUAAAGCGUUUCGUUUGGCAUUACAAACUCGAGAACAACAUAUAAGACAAGAAAGAGCCACAAGCAAUAUAUGUACAGCUCAAGCUUUACUAGCCAAUAUGGUAGCAAUGUAUUGUUUAUAUCAUGGAAAACAGGGUUUGAGAAACAUUGCAUUGAAAAUUCAUCAAUUAACUGCAGAUCUUGCACACAGUUUACGCUCAUUUGGAUAUAAAAUUGAAAAUGAUUUAUAUUUUGAUACGUUAAAAAUUACACCAAAAUCAGCUCAAAUCAAAGAAAUUCAAAAGCGAGCAAAUAAAAAACAAAUUAAUCUUAGAUACUUUCAAGAUGGAACAAUUGGUGUCUCGCUUGAUGAAACUGUAAAUGAAGACGAUAUACUUGAUUUAGAAUGGAUAUUUAAUACACAAAACAAGAAGACAGAAAGUAGUCAACAAUCAAAUUCAAAAUUGUCAUUUGGAAAUCUGGCACGUGAAAGUAACUUUCUCAUACAUGAUGUAUUCAACAGAUAUCGUUCAGAAACAAAAUUAAUGCGUUAUAUGAAACAUUUAGAAAAUAAAGAUAUUUCACUUGUACAUUCAAUGAUACCAUUGGGCUCAUGUACAAUGAAAUUAAAUGCGGCAGCCGAAUUAACUCCUGUAUCAUGGGCUGGUUUUAAUAAAAUUCAUCCAUUUGUACCAAAAGAACAAUGGAGAGGUUAUGAACGAUUAUUAAAAGAUCUUGAACAUUAUUUGUGUGAAAUAACAGGUUACGAUAAAAUUUCAUUUCAACCAAACAGUGGUGCACAAGGUGAAUAUGCUGGCUUAAGAGUUAUUCGAGCUUAUCACGAACAUCGUGGAACGCCAGAAAGAAAUGUAUGUCUAAUUCCAAUUUCGGCUCAUGGUACAAAUUUUGCAUCAGCAGCAAUGUGUGGAAUGAAAAUAGAAAAAAUUCUAUUGGAUAAACAAGGUGGCAUUGAUAUGAAAAAUGUAGCAGAUUUGGCUGGAAAACAUAAGGAAACAUUAGCAGCUGGUAUUGUUACUUAUCCAUCAACUAGUGGAGUAUUCGAAGAAACAAUCAAAGAAUUUUGUGAUAUUAUUCAUCAUAAUGGUGGACAAGUUUAUCUUGAUGGUGCAAACAUGAAUGCACAGGUUGGUUUAUGCCGACCGGGUGAUUAUGGAUCGGAUGUAUCGCAUUUAAAUCUUCAUAAAACAUUUUGUAUUCCACACGGUGGUGGAGGGCCGGGUAUGGGACCAAUUGGAGUAAAGAAACAUUUGUCACCAUUUUUGCCUGGUCAUCCAUUGUUAGAUGAUUUAAACAAUUUAAAACCAUUUGGCACAAUCAGUUCAGCUCCGUUUGGUUCUACUUCUAUUUUACCAAUAUCUUGGAUGUAUAUUCGAAUGAUGGGUGCUGGUGGCCUUCGCCGUGCAACACAAACAGCUAUUUUAAAUGCAAAUUAUAUGUUAAAAAGAUUAGAAUCAUCUUAUAAAGUAUUGUUCAAAGGAUCAUCAGGAUUUGUUGCUCAUGAGUUUAUAAUUGAUGUUGGCCAUUUUAAACAAUCAGCAAAUGUUGAAGCAGUUGAUAUUGCUAAACGACUACAAGAUUAUGGUUUUCAUUCUCCUACUGUUUCAUGGCCCGUAGCCGGUUCGUUGAUGAUUGAACCAACCGAAUCCGAAGAUAAAGAUGAAUUAGAUCGAUUUUGUGAUUCGUUAAUCGAAAUUCGAAAAGAGAUCAGCGAUAUUGAAGCUGGUAAGUAUGAUAGAAAGAAUAAUCCAUUGAAAAAUGCUCCACAUUCUCAACAUAUAUUUUUACAUGAAAAAUGGACAUUACCGUAUCCAUUGCAAAAAGCCGUGUUUCCAAUUAAAUUUGUAUCACCCAAUUAUAAAUUUUGGCCAUCUUGUGGAAGAGUAAAUGAUGUUUAUGGUGAUAAAAAUUUAAAAUGUCGAUUAGAGUAG